AUGGCAACGCGCUCGAUUCAUCGGACGGUGGAGAAAGAGGUAGUGGAAAUUUCGAAGAAAAAUGGGAGAAACCUUAAAGGGGAUCAUGCAAUGGAGAGAAAGAUGGGGUUUUCACAAUCACAACAUUGCCACGUGUCGAAAGAUGAAGUGGAAGGCGCCAAUCAUGAUGCUAACGCCAACAGUUCUUUUACUCAUGCUGUCAUCAACAUGGUGGGGAUGCUCAUAGGUUUGGGGCAAUUGUCAACUCCAUAUGCUGUAGAAAAAGGAGGGUGGGUGUCUGCAUUCAUGCUUAUAGGACUUGGAGUGAUGUGUGCUUAUUGUUCUCAUAUACUUGGAAAAUGCCUUAAAAAGAAUCCCAAGUUAAGAAGUUUUGUGGAUAUUGGGAAGCAUGCAUUUGGAGCAAAAGGAAGAUUAAUAGCUUCAACAUUCUUCUACAUGGAAAUUUUCAUGUCCCUUGUUUCCUACACCAUCUCAUUGCAUGACAAUUUGAUCAAAGUCUUUUUGGGGACUAAUUUGAAGUUGCACUUGGCUAAAUUUUCUUCAUCACAGCUCCUAACAGUAGUGGCAGUCUUGAUUACCCUGCCUAGUUUGUGGAUCAGAGAUCUAUCUUCCAUAUCUUUCCUUUCCACUGUUGGUAUUCUCAUGUCUCUUCUUAUUUUCAUGUGUGUAGCAGCCACUGCAAUUUUUGGAGGUGUCAAAGCUAAUCAUACCAUACCUGUCCUUCAGCUCCAUAAUUUUCCAUCAAUUUCUGGCCUCUAUAUCUUUGGCUAUGGAGGACAUAUUGUUUUCCCUGAUUUAUAUAAAGCCAUGAAAGACCCCUCAAAAUUUACCAAGGUCUCUAUUGUGAGCUUCACAGUGGUUACAACAAUUUAUACGACAUUGGGGUUCAUGGGUGCAAAAAUGUUUGGCAAUGAUAUAAAGUCUCAGAUCACUCUUAGCAUGCCACCAGAGCAAAUUGUGACAAAGAUUGCUUUGUGGGCAACCGUGCUUACACCCAUGACCAAAUAUGCACUUGAAUUUACACCAUUGGCAAUUCAACUAGAGCAUGCACUUCCAAGUGCCAUGAGUGGAAAGACAAAAAUGAUAAUUAGGAGCUGCGUGGGUUCACUUUUGCUUUUGGUCAUUUUAACACUUGCUCUUUCAAUUCCUUACUUCGAGCAUGUGCUUAGCCUCACUGGUUCCCUUGUUAGUGCGGCCAUUUGUUUAAUUUUUCCAUGUGCUUUCUACAUGAAGAUAUGUUGGGGUCAAAUACCAAAGCCUCUCUUAGUCCUAAACAUGUCUCUCAUCACAUUCGGGUUUAUUCUUGGGGUGAUGGGUACCAUUUCCUCCUCAAAGUUACUAUUCAAAAAUUACCAAUCACAUAACUCAACUUGA